UCCUCGGCGCGUGCGCGCACUCUGCUCAGGCUUCAAGUUUUUGUUAAGAUGAGGGGCCGCGUCCUGUGUCGGUUUUUGUGCCAGGGGACGAGGCUGGGACCAGGGGUCAAGGCACAGUCCCAGACCCAACAGAGUGAGACCUGGUACCAGAUGUACCUUAGGGAGUCCCAGAAGAAGAAGGGAUCCUUUCUUGGGAUGAUACAGCCGGAGAAGCUAAGCGAAAAGGAGUUGGCUGAGAUGAUGAUGACAGCUGUGCUAUUCCAUAAUGGACCUCUGGUGGCCCUGAACAAACCACAGGGACUAGCAGUGACAGGAAAACCAGGAGAACAGACUUUGCUCUCAGUCCUUCCAAAAGUAGGCCAGCACCUGGGGCUCAGUCAGGAGCUCCAUGUUGUCCGAGCUCCGGCAAAGGAGAGCUCAGGGCUUGUCCUCCUUUCCAGCUGCCCCCAGAUAACAAAAACCUUCCACAAGUUCUUCAUCCAUUCUCGAAGAGCUCAGAAACCCACAGUAACCUACUGGGCUGUAACUGUUGGGGUCCCACCUACUCCCAAAGGUGAAAUUCGAGUUGCCCUGAAGCUGGAUCGAGUUAGGGGAAUAGACCAGGUAGUCCCAGUGAAGGUCCCAUCUCGACAGUCCUUAAAGGAAGGUGUCAAGAAAACCCUGACCCACUUUUUUGUCGAGGAUACCUCAUUUGGUGCUGCUCUGGUGAAGCUCCAGCCAGUUACAGCAUUUCCUAGCCAACUUCUGGUGCACAUGGUGCUUCAGCUGUGUCCUGUGCUCGGGGAUCACGUGUACUCUGCUCGAGUUGGCAGUGUCCUAGGCGAAAACUUCCUGUUGCCAGUGGAGACCACAGUGCCUCAGACACAGGUCCUGAAUGAACUGCUCCUCCGUCACCUCCAAAUAAGUGCAAAAGAGGUGGCCCUUCUACCCCUCCACCUCCACCUUCAUCAAAUCCUUCUUCCCCAAACCUCAUUGGCCCCCAGAGUGCUCGUAGCUCCCAUGCCCGUUUUCUUCUUACAAACCCUAGAGAACUUAGGGCUCCAAACGUCAGACCAUCCCAGGAAAACUAGCCCAGACCACAUUCAAGAUGGCUCUCCAUUCAUAAAGUGUGGAAAAUGAGACACUUGUUUACUGCCUUUGGGGAAGGUCCCAGUGGUGAGGGUUGGGGAAGACAGCCUUCCUUCUUGGCUGGGAAGCAUGUGUCCAGUCUCUCCUCCAUCCUGGCCUUUUUGGCAUAAAAAAGGAAACUGGGAAGACUCUCCUGGGGACUCUGGAUCCCUGCCGAAGUUUAGGCAAGCUGACUUCGUACUGAGUAGUAGUUAGCUUUUAUAACAUUUAAAGACUGAUGGUUCCAUGUGGUGACUCCUCUCACUUAUAUUCUCCAUAGUUAGAGCCCACCUCAGGAAAUUUUCCUGAUUUUCAGCUUGAAUUUCUCCUUGCCCAUUAUGAGCCAUCCCUAUCUCCCAUUUCUGUCUCUCCUCUGUUGCCCAUGGACCAUUCCCCGCCCCGCCCCCCCCCCCCAACUGCCUUCUACUUCCUGGGCUUGACAGCUCCCAUGGAAGUGUUCCUUUAUCAUGAUCCCUGAUUAGCUUUUUCCCCACCCCUCUAUACUUUUCAGUCAGCCAGGCCUGCCAGUUUGUCCUUGAUUGCCCCAGCAGUAAACAUGACAAAACCAA